CUGUGAUUGGCUGUGUUGACGUCGGUGGCCGCCGCGGCGCGCUCUGCGGACUGCGCUUCGCUGUUCAGCCGGGACGCGUUGGGCCGGGGGCGCGGGACUUGGCGGCGGUGCUCACUCAUGAGGAGCCGGAAGCUCACAGGUGGAGUGCGGUCUUCAGCACGCCUGAAAGCCCGAAAUUGUUCAGCAACCGGGUUGGCCUCUGCCCAGGAAGUCGCUGGUUCCACGUCUGCCAAGACAGCAUGUCUGACUUCCUCAUCCCACAAAGCCACAGACAGGCGAAUGUCCAAGAAGUUCAAGUGUGACAAAGGUCAUCUUGUGAAGUCAGAAUUACAGAAGCUUGUCCCUAAGAAUGACAGUGCUUCUUUGCCAAAAGUGACACCAGAGACCCCUUGUGAAGAUGAGUUUGCUGAAGGCAGGGCCUUGCUUCCAGGAGGUCAGGCUGGAGUUUCUGUGCAGCAGAAGGCUGCAAGUCUGCCCCUCGGUGGCUGCAGAGCUGUGAGUGACUCUCGCUUAGCAAAGACUGAUGGUGGCCUGUCCCUGCCGAAACACAGUGCCGGGGUAGGGGCAGAAGAAUCCAACAGCAGUUCCACUGUGCAGAAGCAGAAUGACUCAGGGCUGGAGGCAGAGGACAUGAAGAAGCCACCACUUCAGAUGGACAACAGCAUCUUCCUAGAUGACGACAGCAAUCAGCCAAUGCCCGUGAGCCGCUUCUUUGGAAACGUCGAACUCAUGCAGGACCUCCCACCUGCGUCUUCAUCUUGUCCUUCAAUGAGCAGACGAGAGUUCAGAAAAAUGCAUUUCAGAGCCAAAGACGAUGAAGAUGAUGAUGAUGAUGAUGAUGAUGCAGAGAUGUAGAGGCUUUACAAGAUGAUGUCUUUGCGUGUUUAGUACCAUUAACCGUUUGACAAUUUAGCACGUUACUAGAUUUAUAUAAAAUGUAUCUCCAAGAGAAUGUCUUCUUGAUCACACUUCAGAACUAACCCAUCACAGUCAGUAGUGCAAAGCACCAAAUGCUUGUGGAAGAUGCACUCAUGGGAGCUAACACUAAAACAGUCUUUGAAAUUGCAAAGCU